UUUCUCGUUUAUUGUUUGGUUAAUCUUUUAAGCAAAGAGAUCGGAGUUGCGUAUGCAGCACAGACAGCGUGGCUGAUUAACGCUAGCCUGAAGGAUAACAUCGUAUUCGGAAACCCCUUUAGCCAGAAAAGAUAUCAAACAAUAUUGGAAGCAUGUUGUUUACAACCUGAUUUUGAUAUCCUCCCUAUGGGAGACCAAACGGAGAUUGGUGAGCAGGGUAUCAACAUGAGCGGAGGUCAGAAGCAACGCAUCAGUGUAGCCAGGGCCAUGUAUAGCUCAAAUGAUGUCGUCCUUUUGGAUGAUCCAUUAUCAGCCCUUGAUGUGCACGUUGGUAGUCACAUGUUCUUCAAAGGUAUUCUUGAUUUCUUGAUCGAGGAAAGAAGAACUGUCGUGCUUGUCACACAUCAGGUCCAAUACUUGGAGCAUGCUGAUCAGGUGAUCUUUCUCCAAAACGGAUGUGUAGCUAGGAAAGGAACAAUGCGAGAGAUUGGUAAAUUGGAUCCUUCCCUCGUAGAGUCUUGGAAUCUAUCUCUCAAAGCGGCCAAUGAAGCAGAAUUAGAAGUCGGAUACUGCAGUUCAACAGAUGAAGAACGAGAAGUACUCAAGAAACAAAUAUCGACGAUUAAGAAAGAUCAACGUCCUCAAAAUGACGACUCUUCAAGCAAAUUGAUCGAAUCGGAGGAGAGAAAUCGUGGUUCUGUAUCUUAUCGAUACUACUGGUAUUAUUUAUGUCAGUUUGGAUUAUGUCCAGGCUUCUUCGUCUGCUUCUUUGCCAUACUUCAGAACGUGGCUCAAGCUGGAACACAAUUCUGGCUUUCUGUCUGGUCAUCGGCUGGUGCCAAGUUACCCAGCAAUGCAACAGAUGAAGAAAGCAAUGCUUUGCUGAUGAGAUAUAUCGGUGUUUACUGUGCUCUGAAUGCGGCUGAUAUGGUCCUGUGUAUGGUAUGGACAAUGAUUCUACUCUUUCAGUGUGUCCAAACCUCAAAGAAUCUACAUAAUUUAAUGCUAACUCGAGUACUGAGGGCACCAAUGAGAUUUUUUGACACGACCCCGAUUGGACGAAUCAUGAACCGUUUUGCUUCUGACAUGCAGAAACUCGAUCAGACGCAAGGACCAUUCAUCUUGGGUUUAUUUAAGUUCUUCUUGGCGACCAUGACUGGAGUGAUAAUUAAUGCAAUUAUCUCCUGGUAUUUCAUUGUGGCUAUCAUCCCCAUCAGCCUGGCGUACAUGCUCAUUAUGAAAGUCUUUAUUGAUAGCUCAAGGGAAAUGCAACGGUUGGUGAAUAUUUCCUCCUCACCCGUCUUCUCCCAGUUUACUGAGUCGCUUGGAGGUUUAGCUACUAUUCGUGCCUACAGACUUCAGAAAAGAUUCAGGCAAAAUAUCGUCGGUAAAAUCGAGAAAAACCACGUGGCUUUCUGCUUUCUUCAAGAUAGUAACCGAUGGCUUGGGAUCAGAUUGAAUUUGAUAGGAACCCUGAUUGUUCUAGGAGCCGGACUGACUAGUCUUCCUGCAUCAACUCUUCAUCCAGCUACUUUUGGCGCUAGUCUUGUUGGUUUGGCAAUAACAUAUGCAGUACAGGCUGCAAAUUCCAUGACAUGGGUUGUUCGUAAUUCAACCAGUGUCGAGUUGGGCAUGAAUUCCGUAGAGAGGAUCAAAUACUAUACCAAGGUAGAGAACGAGAAAUAUGAAGGGUCUGUGACUCCAAGCCGUAAUUGGCCAGAGAUGGGCCAUGUAAUAUACAAUCGAGUACAUGCUAGGUAUGCGGCUACCCUACCUGCUAUCCUUCAUUAUGUUAGCAUUGAUUUCAAACCAGGCAUGAAGGUUGGUAUUUGUGGCCGAACAGGGAGUGGGAAGUCUUCGCUGACACUGACACUUUUCCGCAUCAUCGAUACAUUUAAAGGAUCUAUUCACAUCGAUGGGAUCGAUAUCGGGAAGCUGUCUCUCGUCGAUUUGCGAAGUCGUCUUGCCAUCAUACCUCAAGACCCUUUCAUGUUCACAGGAACAGUUAGAUUCAACUUGGACCCUGAGGAAAGGCGAUCAGAUGCUGAGAUAUGGGAAGCAUUGGAAGUUGCCCAACUCAAGGAGCUUGUGAGAGAUCUUCCAAACAAUCUCGACUCGAUGGUACACGAAGGAGGAGAUAACUUCAGUGUGGGUGAAAGACAACUCUUCUGCCUUGCUCGGGCUAUACUAAAAAAAACUCGCAUUUUGAUAAUGGAUGAAGCAACGGCCUCCAUUGAUGUCCACACGGAUGCUAUUCUACAGGAAGUCGUCGCAACUGCUUUCCAUAAGGAAACCGUCAUCACGAUUGCGCAUCGUGUGUCAACUAUCCUGGAUUCAGAUCAGAUUGUUGUACUCUCCGAAGGACACGUCGCAGAGGUGGGAACACCAGGAUCUCUGCUGAAGAAAAAAACUAGUAUCUUCGCUUCUCUUGUCAGGAAUAAGCUUUAACUAAACAAAGUUUCCAUCAGCUUGAUUACGAUUAUGUCACUUCCAAUUGUUCACAUUAUUGGAAUUUAAGAAUGUCAUUUUUAACAGUGCAAUCGGAUAUGCAUGGUGUUGAAAUGAUUUUUUUUUUUUUUUUAAUAUUUCAUGCGGCUGUGGUCGGGUGAGAACAAGUGGUAAAUAAAAAGGGCUGUUGGUAUAUUAAUCAAUAUAUUUUAGAUUUAAAGAGCGCACUCGUUGUGGGCACAAGCACAAUUUAAGUGUUAAAGAUACUAUGUCCCUUUUGCAGGCAGCCAACAUCAAAUUCUGUAGAACUUUGCAAGACUUAUGAAUAUGUCAUGUAUGU